AUGCCACCAAUCUCCGCCACCGCCGUAUCUUCUCUUGAGGAAGGAGCAGGGAUGAACAUUUCUGCAAACUCCUCUAUUGGCUCACCAAGUCAAAUCUUCGGAGCCACAAGCUAUGGAUCUCAUAGUUUCUCCUCUCCUUGUGGCUUUGGUUCCCCACCAACAAGAACCAGGCCCAGCUACCCUCUUCCCGACUAUCACCAAGAUGGUUCCAAGAAAUGGCCAAACGUCAUCUAUAAUUUUCCAGAACAUGGCCACCGCCACAGAAACACUUUCAUUUGUCAAGGUCUGAUCAAACAAGACCAUAUUGAGUAUCAAACCAUCACUGUGAACUGCUCAUGCCCCCCAGAUGACUACAAGUUCUAUGAACUCAAAAUCGCAAUUCUUUUGAGGUGCCAGCUUGCUUUCAAAAGCAUCUCGGUCGCAUUCUUUUGUUUCGAGAGCCAGUAG